AUGAAAGCCAAACUUUUAUUGCAAGUCCUCAGUAGAAAACAAAUCAGCUGGGAUGAUCCUUUGCCAGAGAAUGAGUUUGCACAAUGGACUUGUUGGUUACAAGAUAUUCCCAAAUUGCAAGAAGUAAAGAUCAGUCGUUGUUUCAAGCCACUGAGUUUCAGUGAAAUCAAGGUUGUGCAAGUACACCUAUUUUCAGAUGCUUCACGAGUAGGGUAUGCAGCAGUGGCAUACCUUCGUCUUGAAGAAGCAAGUGGUAAUGUACACAUAGCGUUGGUUAUGGGCAAGUCGAGGCUGGCACCGUUACGUGAAAUAAGUAUUCCAUGGCUGGAGUUAACUGCCGCUGUCCUCUCAGUAAGAUUAGCUACCAUAAUUCGUGAAGAAUUAGACAUGUCGAUACAGAAAACGUAUUAUUGGACAGAUUAUAUGUUGGUGUUGAAGUGCAUAAAUAAUCAAACAAAACAAUUUCAUACAUUUGAAUCAAAUCGUUUAACAGUGAUUCAUAGAGAAACUGAUCCGUCCGAAUGGAACUAUGUCAAUCAAGAAGACAACCCCGCUGAUGAUGGUUUGAAAGAAAUGAGGCUGAAUGUCAUGAUUCAAAAUGGUCGUUGGUUAGCAGGUCCCACGUUUCUUAAGGAAAGCGAGAGUGAAUGGCCUCGUUUCCAAGGAAUACCAAGUUUGAAUGAUGAAGAUCCACAAGUUAGGAAGGAAAUUCAGAUUUAUACAGCCUCUCUCCAAAGCAAUGGUUUGGAUGUUUUAAUCUCAUUCUACUCGGACUAG